AGGCUAUGGAGAAAUUCCCAUGGAUUCCAGGAUCCCAUUGAAGAAUACCCUGAGGACAAUAAAAGCACAUAUCCUUUGCAAGGCAUCUGCGGUUGAUUAAUCUUCUCCGUUGGUUGAGAGGAUUUAAUCUUUGUCGUCGAAAGAGUUGUACUUUCGUCUUCUUGUGUUGGAGCAGAUUAUCUUCUUCAGACGCAAUUGGAUCAAUUUACAAAGCCAAACCGAUAUCUUACACAUGCAAGGUGUUCGGACAUGUCACAUUAUGGGAUAUAUGUUGGCUCAAAAAGGAGAGUAUAGUGGGAUUGAGUUUUCAAAAAAGGAUCUAUAUAACUAUCUUGACAGACAGAAGCAUGUUAAGAUUCAAGAUGGGGAUGCACGAACUGCUCUUCGCUACAUUCAAGGCAAAGCUGACAAUGAACCCAUAAUGUUUUAUGAAACAUUUGAGACAUAUAAAUGGGUCUUAGAAGCUGUUUUGGAAGCAAUGCACAAGAAACAUCACAUAUCAAUGGUUACUGAUGCUAAUGUUGCUAUGAGAGAGGCUAUUAAAUUAGUUUUUCCAUAUUCCAUUCAUCGUUUGUGUUCGUGUCACUUGAGUAAAAAUGCAUGUGAGAAUGCAAAAGACUCACCAUUUUUGGAGGAUUUUAAGAAAGCAAUGUAUUCUAAUUUCACCCCUGAAGAGUUUGAAGAUUUUUGGCAGAAAAUUAUAGUUGAGCAUGGGGUUUAAGGUAACACAUGGGUUUUGAACACCUAUGACAACAAGUUAUUAUGGGCUACUGCAUAUCUGCGAGACACAUUCUUUGGAUGAAUCCGGACUACAUCUCAGUGUGAAGCAAUAAAUUCUUUAAUUAGAUCCAAUGCGAGGAAAAAAAUACCCUCUAUGAAUAAAAUUCAUAAUUUUGAACAGCUGCUAAGGGAGUACCGAAAUAAUGUGUUGAUUGCUGAUUUUAAGUCCAAUUUCUAAGAAUCAGUAAUGAUGAGCUCCUUGAAGCACCUUAAGCGCCAGACUGCUAAUAUAUAUACAUCGGAAAUUUUUACAGAAGUUAAGAAAGAGAUUGAACUUGGUUGUGCACUAAAUGUUGUGGGUCGAAUAGAAAAUGAGAUGAAUUGACUCUUCACCUAAGCAAAUAUGGUCAUCCUGAAAGUUUAGUUAAAGUUGAUUUUGAUAGAUCAAAUUCUAAAUUUUCAUGUGCUUGUCGUCUUUAUGAAUCCCACAGCAUUCCUUGUUCUCAUAUUAUAUGUGUUUUGAAAACUAAGAACAUCCAGAACUUUCCUAUAGCUUGAUAUGUGGAAGAUGGACUAAGACGAGUAAGACUGAUAUAAUCUUUGCAAUGUCAUCGAAUGAAGUACAUGUUGAUGUUAUGAUAUUUGCUCGUUUUGGUGCUUUAGCAACUUCUUGUAAUAGACUGUGUAAAAUUGCUGUAAAAAAGACUGAAUACUUUGAUGAAGUUAGAGAUGAGAUACACAGACUCACUCAUAAGUUACAGAAGAUUGGUGAUCAAGGGAGUAGUCAUGCAUCAUUUGUUGAAGAUAUUGGUGAUCCUACUGUUGUAAAGACAAAAGAUGCCCCAG